AUGAGAGAACACCCCUUUGCGAGGUUGCCAAUACUGAAAAGGGAAGGAACUGCACGUGGCCUUAAUGUUGACUUGAGGCGAUCCGUGGCCAGCCAAUACGGCCUAAGGAACGCAGUCCCGCUGUUGCAGGAGGCUCAUGAGCUGCUUUCUCGGGAAGUUUUGUAUCCUCCCGAAAUGAGGGAGUUGGCGCAAGCAGUAGGAUUGCUAAUAGCCCACUCGAUGCACCAUGAAUCGCGGGAUGUUUCAGGUCUGAAACCUAGUCACGCAGUUCAGUACCUGGGGAUCCGUUUCCUCGUGCUUGAUGUUGUGGUCUCCGCCUUCUUGGUUCUCGAGCAGGAAUUGGAACCUGCCUAUUGGGAUCUCUUUGCAGAUGCUGUUAGCCACUCUACCCCUCCGCCGCCCAACCGGAAAUCCGUAGCAGGGAGACGGGAUGUCUCCACACGUCGGGUUCUGGCGCUCAGCAGGGCAAUACAAACACUCAAGAAGGGAAAGAGGCCGGAACCCAGAGAGUUAAUUCAGCUCAAGCGGAUGCUCUUCUGUUGGAAGUCUUCUCCUCGGUAUUUUAAAAGCAAGGCGUUCGAUCCCUGGAGACACGAUGACGGCUGUGACGGAGAUGAGAUUGGGGAUUAG